CCGACAACAACACACACAUACAUUCUAUUAGGAAAUAGCGAGACAGUGCGUAGCAGAUGUUGAUGCGCAGUGACAUAAACACACUGGUGAGGAGUGUGUUAGCUUACAACUACACCACACAAUAUUUAAUACACUUUAGUCGGGCCCGAUCUGGAACGAGUAAACAGGCAAAGUCGAGGUGACACACUAACGCUGAAGGGAUCUAAAUCUGUUGGUACAGCAAUACCUGGGAAAUGGAAUACCGCUUAAUAAUACGGAGCUUCGUAAUCGUAGCUUCUGUGUCUACAAUAUCCUGUUACCAAGGUUACGAUACCGUUCGUGACUGCAACAUCACUCUACAAGCAGGCACGACUCCCCGUCUUCUGUUUCAACCGAACACAAACAAUACAGGAGAUGCCAACUGCUGGUGGCAGAUACAGGCGACUGACCCCGACAACCGAGUCGUCCUUGACACUUUGGCCCUAAGGGUGAAAAAGCAAAGAAACUGCGGAGAGGCAAAAGUCAGCGUUUUUAACGCUGUUGGUGAUAUAGGACCCGCAAUGACGACCCCUGUGCGGAGCUGGUGUGGAGACGGGGAGAAACGUCUACUCUACUCAGAAAAUGGAGCUUUUUACAUGACAGCUGAUCCGACGUACUACGCAGAAUUUGUCUUCAAAUUUUACCAGGAAAAGGUACAAUCCGGGAGUAUCCAGCUCCUUGCAACUACCGCCGAAUCAGUGCUCGAGUCACCGGGUUUCCCGAACUUCUACUACAAUGAUACCGAUAGAAGGUAUGUGAUUACAACCGCAAUUCAAGAUGACCACAUCCUACUGGAAUCAGAAAGCUUCAAUCUGUUUCGUAAUGACUCCAAACAGGUGAACGAUUAUCUUUCAGUAGCACAAGGUGAAUUGAAUCUCGGGAGAUACUUUGGCAGCAAUGGCCCCGUUAUCCAGACAACGAAUAAUACAGUGACUCUCCAUUUCAAGACAAGCCAUAAAAGUCCAUUCUACCUAGCAGUUGGCUUCAGACUUCGAUACAGGGCAGUCAAAGGCGACAACACUGCACCUGUAGCAGGUACUGAUAACGCUGUCGCGGGGGUCGCCUACAAGAACCUGCAUGUACCAGAUGCCAUCGAGCUUUCUCCCAACCAAAGCAUGGACUUCAUUUGGACAGUACGAAAACCAAGAAUGGAAAAAGAGUAUAUGAUCCGCAUAACAGUUUUCUACCCUGAGAGGGAGAGGUUCUGCAGCGGUGACUUACUGGAGGUUUAUGAUGGUCAACGUGACAACACCACACGGAUACCAAAUCAGCACUGUUCAAUUCGUGGACCAGAAUUUCAGGGAAAUGAGCAAAAUAUGACGGUUUAUCUCCGAUAUGACGGAUCUUUCAAUCCGAAAGAUGUCAGGAUUCGGUACUUUGUAACAAACGAACCCUACCCGUGUGGAAGAAACCUCACAGCGGAUGACUCAUUUCAGUCCCUUCUGUCGCUAGGCUAUUACACCCAAGAUUAUGACGGGAAUUUAGACUGCGUGUAUCGCAUAGAAGCCCCUGAAGACCACCGAGUGUUAGUUACAGCCAGGGACGGAUCUAUGGCACUUGAAGACUCGUUGUUCUGUCGCAAAGAUUAUGUCCUUAUUGCUGAUGGUCCAGACGCUAACAGCAGCGUUGCAAACAAAGUCUGUGGCGACGACUUCAUCGUGUACACCAGCACUGGCCGCUUCCUGACCAUCGUCUUCCACACAGAUGAGAGUGGUGCUGGAGGAGGUUUCAGGUGGAACUUCAGAGCCGUCAAGCCUAAUGAAACAUGUGCGAAACAGUAUCUGUCUCCACUGGACACAAGGUUGACCAUUACAUCUCCACUGUAUCCACAGAACUACCCACCAAACGUUGACUGUGUGUGGGACCUGACUGCGCCCCAAGGCCACGUCGUGUUUGUGGAGGUGGAAGAGUCGUCAAUGGAGACGUCGACGGAAUGCAGCAAGGACUAUGUAGAGGCGUUUGAUGGUUUGAGAAGAAAUUCAAAAGUUCUUAGCCGAUGGUGUGGAGUUGAACACCCUUCCUUCCAAAGUUCUGGGAUAUUCCUGACACUUGCCUUUCACAGCGAUAACGUCACUUCCGGUUCUGGAUUUAGACUAUCAUACUCAGCUCGUCCAAAACCAGUAAACCCCCGGUCAAAGACGUCCAAAACUAUUUAUGUUGGUGUUGUUUUCGGUGUUGUGUUUGGCGUGCUUGCCUUGCUUGCCAUCGUAGCUGGUAUUGUAGUCUACAGGAGAAGAAGGUCCAGACACAUGGCUGUCACCACAGGCAGGCACUAAGAGAAGCGUGCCUCACUUAGUUCUAGUCAUAGAUAGCAGUGGGGCAAUGACAGCGAUACUUCAGAGGUGAUGCUCGGCAUUUCUACGUCUCUGACUGCUGAAUACUUUGCCAUAGGCGUAUGGACCGAGGGGAGAUGUUUGUGUUCAUACUUAUUUGGAGCAUUUCUAUCUCACACACCUCAAGUCCACCUCAAAUAGAUUUACCCAAACGAACUAUUUCUUGAAGUGGUGAGGUGUUUUUGAGAUGGAAAGUGUGAAUUAAUCUAAAACAUGACAAUUUGAACCAAACAUUCAGAAUGAUGUCAGAUUGUAACAUAAUGGCGUCAUAUAACAAUAGGUAACGUCGGAUCUCGGCGGGAGAUGCAUUUGUUUGUUUGUUUGCUUUUUAACGCCGCACUCAGAAAUAUAGAAAAAAAUGGCUAAAACACGGCGUAUGCAACUUGUGGUGCAAACCUGUGGUGACACAAGUGCACGAAACUGGCUGUGCUGAGUUGUGUCCCCUAUGUGUGCCAGGAUUUUAUGAUCAUUAUGAUCAAAGGGUCGUCAGCACCACACCCGUGCUAGUGGGUUUCACCAAAGUGGUAAACACCUGCAUUACUUCUGACCUUUCUCCCACAUCACGCUGACACGCCGUGUCACACUUGCGUUUUCUGCCCCAUUAAGGUAACAGGAUACUUCGGACAGUGAGAGAACUGACUGACAUGCUACCCAUGACGCGUACAACCUCCCCACUCUCAUUGGGGCACGCUUACUUCAAAGUGUUAAACUUACACAUGGAUAUCAAAAUACAUCUCACAGAUAAUCGAUUCUCUGGCCUUGACGUUUUAGCACAAAACACAUGGACCAGGGUACAAUAUGUUCCGUUCAGAUUUGGAAGAUUCUUACAAAACGAUAUGACCAUACUGACAUUGUGUUUGAUAAUAAUGUGCACCGAUAGACAACUCAAAUCGCAACCACAAAUUAAGUUAAGGCCACACUGACUGACUAUAAAUAAAACCGAACCUAACUAUUCAUUCCCAGCAUGCUUUCAUUUAGUUCCAGCUGCGCAUUUUAGUGGUUGUUUGUUUUCAUUCCGAAGUUGCAUAUUUUGAUGCAACUUAUCCUAACGACAUGCCAUGCCGAAAUGCCAUGCCAUAAAUAUAAUCUCAGUAAGCAUAGUUGGCUUUGGACCUUAAGUUUGCAGUGUUUCGGUGACUGUUUUAAGUCAUGUAACGUAUUGGUAACGUUUCUAAUAUUUAUGUGUUGGUCAAAUAUAAGUGUAUACUUUCUUUUGCCCGACAUUUUAUGUGGUAUAAUUAAUCAUAAAUUAUUAGGUUGGUGCUUUGAAUUGAAAAUACUAGUAUAUAUUGAAAACACGUAUUGAAACUCGACCAAUCUACCCAUUUUGAGAAACAGAACAUUUAGGAUUCUACCUAAAGAUGAUGGUCCUGUAGCACCAUAUACUUAUGAACAUACAUAAGAUGCUACCCUCGUGGAAUGUAAUUAUAUAAGUACUUCUGGAGACGACAGGUUAUAUAAAGCGCAGAAGAUGUAAACGAUAUAUUAAUAGGGGCGUGGGGAAAAUUGUAUUGCAUGUUACAAAUAUCAAAUCAUUAUUGUAAACAGGCACCAUAUUAAAAAUUGACAAAGAUCUAAUGCACGUAGUCGACUAAAUGUUAGAUGGGGACUAAAUAUCAGAUUUUAUAGGAUAAUUAUUAUUUCAAGUGCGCAUUUUGUUGCAAAUAAAGGCGACAAAACCCUUUCCAUAUUCAUAAGAAAUCUCUGCAAAAACUAGGUCGAUUGAACGAUUCCGACUAUAUCAUUAGCAUGUGUAUAUGAAUCACUAUCAAAUAGUGAUGAUACCAGGUGUUUGCGAAAAUGAAUGCAUUGUAUACAUGUAUGUAGUUUACAAUCGUGAAAUGUCUUAAUGUUUAUAAACUAAGUGUUCCUGAAGUCUGAUUUAUGUAUUAAAAUACUCAUUAUUAA